ACCCAAUUUCUUCCUCAAGCCGCUUUCUUGUUCCAGAAAGGUUAAAGAAUCUCACUAAUUUUCCUGUAGCCAAGAACCCACAAUCCUGAAUUUCCAUGGAAAGCAUUCAGUUCAACAAUUUUAAGCAAGACCCAGAAACCCCAUUCCCCGAUUCCUUGGUUUCUGGAGUCGUUACGAAUCAAUAUAAUGCAGAUUCCACCACGGGCAAAGAUGAAGAUUCUGCGCUUGAUUCCAUGCUUUGUGACUCUAAUUCAAGGCUCAUACCAGCUGGCUUUACCAGAUCUAAUUGCCCAGAUGAAAUUGUUGCCUUUGUAAAUGCUGGAGGUGUGACUUCAAGUGAAGCAGAUUCUAUUAUGAAAUUCAUAGAUGAUACAUAUUUUGAAGGAGGUUCUGUUAUAAGUACUGAUGAGCAAAUAACAGAAGCAGGAGAUUAUCCAUUCAUCUAUAAGUCAGCUAGAUUUGGGAACUUCUGUUAUCGAUUUGACAGUCUUCCUCUGGGGAACUAUUUUGUUGAUCUUCAUUUUGCGGAGAUCAUAAAUACUAAUGGUCCUAAAGGGGUGAGGGUGUUUAAUGUAUACAUGCAGGAAGAGAAGGUUCUAUCAGAUUUUGAUAUCUUCUCUGUUGUUGGAGCCAAUAAGCCACUGCAGGUGGUUGACUCGAGGGUCUCGGUGAAGGAGGAUGGGAUAAUUGUGAUAAGAUUUGAAGGAGUUAGUGGAAGCCCAAUGGUUUGUGGGAUUUGUAUUAGGAGAGCCCCAAACGUGUUAGCUCCUCGGGCAUCACAUGAAUAUCUUAAAUGCAAACAGUGUGCUGCUGAGCUAGAAAUUUCUUCAGCUGAGAAGAAACUUAUGCGAGCAAAGGCUUCAUGUCAAUAUGAGAGAAGGAUAAAAGAGCUCAACACUCAGUGUCUGCUUAAGACAGAUGAGUGCCAUGAAGCCUGGAUGUCUUUAACUGCAGCAAAUGAGCAGCUAGAGAAGAUUAGGAUGGACUUGGACAACAAGAUUUUCCAAGCACGCUCUCUAGAUGAAACUGUAGGGAAACAAGCUGAAAAUCUGAGGAAUAUUACUAGCAGUUAUGACCAUGACAAGCAGCACUGGGCAAUGGCACUAGACGAUUUGCAACAGAAAAUAAAGAGAAUGAAAACUGAGCAUUCUCAGCUCUCUCGUGAAGCACAUGCCUGUGUUGAUUCAAUACCUGAGUUAAAUAACAUGGUCACUGGAGUUCAGGCAUUGGUUGAGCAGUGUGAGGAUCUGAAACUGAAGUACAGUGAAGAGCAAGCAAAGCGAAAGGAACUCUAUAAUCAGAUUCAGGAAAACAAAGGUAAUAUCAGAGUCUUCUGUCGGUGCCGACCCCUGAAGAAGGAGGAGAUAUCAGCUGGGGGUGGAACAGUUGUUGACUUUGAAGCAGCAAAAGAUGGGGACCUUGGGAUUCUGACUGGUGGCUCCAUGAAAAAGAAUUUCAAAUUUGACCGAGUUUACUCACCAAAAAAUAAUCAAGCUGAUGUUUUUGCGGAUGCUUCUCCGUUGGUGACUUCAGUGUUAGAUGGAUACAAUGUUUGCAUUUUUGCUUAUGGUCAGACAGGAACAGGAAAGACAUUUACAAUGGAGGGUACUGAAGAAAACAGGGGAGUCAACUAUAGGACUCUUGAGCUAUUGUUUCAAAUUGCCAAGGAAAGGAGUGAAACUUUUACAUACAGCAUCUCCGUUAGUGUGCUGGAAGUCUACAAUGAACAAAUCAGAGACUUGUUAGCUACGUCACCAGCAUCAAAGAGGUUGGAGAUAAAGCAAUCUGCUGAAGGAUUCCAUCAUGUUCCUGGGCUUGUAGAAGCCAGAGUUGAUAAUGUCAAGGAAGUUUGGAGUGUAUUGCAGGCUGGAAGCAAUGCAAGAGCUGUUGGAUCAAAUAAUGUGAAUGAGCAUAGUAGCAGAUCUCACUGCAUGCUUUGUAUUAUGGUACGAGCAAAGAACCUGAUGAAUGGUGAGUGCACCAAGAGCAAGCUUUGGCUUGUGGAUUUGGCUGGCAGUGAGAGGCUUGCAAAAACAGAUGCACAAGGGGAGCGUCUCAAGGAAGCUCAAAAUAUCAAUAAAUCCCUUUCAGCUUUGGGAGAUGUCAUAUAUGCAUUAGCAACAAAAAGUAGCCACAUUCCGUACAGGAACUCAAAGUUGACACAUCUACUUCAAGAUUCAUUAGGGGGUGACUCUAAGACCCUGAUGUUUGUACAGAUCAGCCCUUCAGAACAGGAUUUGAGUGAAACCUUGAGUUCAUUAAAUUUUGCAACCCGUGUGCGUGGAGUUGAAUUGGGUCCUGCUAAGCGGCAAGUAGAUACAAAUGAGCUCCAAAAGAUGAAAAUGACGCUGGAGAAAGCAAGGCAGGAAGCAAGAUCAAAAGAUGAAUCUCUAAGGAAACUGGAAGAGUGCUUACAGAACCAAGAGAGUAAAGCCAAAAAUAGAGACCUGAUUUACAAAACCCAACAGGAGAAGAUAAAAGAACUUGAAGGCCAACUAGAGCUGAAAACUUCUAUGUGCAGCCAGUCAGAGAAGCAAGUGUCACAACUUUCAGAUAGAUUGAAAGGGAGGGAAGAGAUAUGCAAUGAUCUUAAACAAAAGGUCCAAGAACUAGAGAACAAGCUUAAAGAAAGACAGCAGUUAGAAUCUGCAACUUACCAACAGAAGAUUAAGGAUCUUGAGUGCAAGCUGAAAGAGCAAAUGCAAGAUUCUGAUUCCCAGUCAAUCACCCUUCAACACAAGAUUAAGGAGCUCCAGGGCAGGCUGAAAGAGCAGGAACAAAAACCAGAAUCUAUUUUGCUUUGUCAAAAGAUAAAGGAGCUGGAAGAUAGGUUAAGGGAGCAAGAACAACAGCUGCAGUGUACACUGGCCUGUGAUUUUACUAACCUAGGAGCCACUCCCAGUGAAGGAAAAUCAAGUGUAAGAGAUGCAGAGUUCUUGAGUGAGAUUGAACCUAACAUCCUAAAGAGUUCAAAUUCAGUUAACCGUCCCCUUAGUUAUGGGUCUAAGCAGCCAAGAGUUAGUGAUACUCUCCUGGCGCAAAGGAAGAAAAGGUACUCUAGAAGUGAUGAAACAGAGAACAAUAUGAUGGUACCAACUUCUGUAAAGGGUAGGGCAUCUGAUCCACCUAAAGUUGCAAGGAUCAUGAGAACUACAAGGCCAGCUAGUGCUGCUGCUCAAGGACCCUUGACUCACAAAAGGGUUUACAGAGAUCAGGUCCAAGGAGUUAAGGAGAGGGCGACUAAGAAAAAGAUUUGGUCAUGAUAGUAUUGAUUGUUUCAGCAAAACUAACUACAGCUCUUGCUAAUCUCUUAAUUGGUAUGUACAUUUUUAGACCAACCUGCACACAUUUUACUUGGUAUGUUAGAUGUGUAUUCUACAUUCUAUGUGAUAUACAAUAGUGUGUACGAGUGUGAACUUGAAAUACAUUCAUUAAUCCAUAAUAAGUAAUGAAAUUGCUUUAUUGUU